GUCAGCAUCGCGCGUUUUCGAUUAAUUAAUUUGCAUAAACGUGUCAAAGCAGAAUAAGAUAAAACUUAAAAUACCCAAGUCAGUGACUACAAAGAUGAUGCAGGUUAAACCAUUUCAACUUGUUCUAAUAGUGCUUUCUGUUCGCUUUGCCGUUGCAAACGGUGAAAAGAAGUAUCAUAUUCCUGUCAUCAAGGCCAACUGGUUCAAAGCCGUCGAAUUUUGCCACUCGCUCGGGAUGCAGCUGGUCACGAUCGAUUCGCGGGAGGAAAACGACGCCCUGGCAAAGUUCAUCCAAAGCACGGACAAGUUCAACGAGCUAAAGAAUGAAUUUUGGAUCGGCGGGAGUGACCUGUCGGAGGAGGGCACCUUUUCGUGGCAUGGGACGGGCAAGCUGGUGACGUACGCGAAUUGGUCGGUAAACGAACCGAAUAACUACCACGGGAUCGAGGAUUGCAUGCAGCUGGUGUACACGCCGAUGUAUGGACAGUUGUGGACCUGGAACGAUAAUAUUUGCAAGAAGGGCCACUUUUACUUCAUCUGUGAGAGUGUGCCGAAAGAGUGUAUUGAGGAGUUCAAAUGA